AGAUGGCAUCUGCGGGUACUCUACAAUAUCAUCAUGACGACCGCACAUGUGGCCGUGACUCUGAGCAAGACAGCAUUUGCUAUAAGCCUGCUACGGCUCGUGCGUGGCAAAGGCAGCAAGAUCUUUCUCUGGACAGCCAUCAUCGUCCUCAAUGUCGCAUACGCCAUCGCCACGGUCCUCGGCUGGGCACGCCACUGUGACGAGGGUCUGGAGGAAGCGCCGGCUCUGCUUCCUAUCGAGUGCAUAUCGGCUGCCAGCCGCUCCGCGGGUUUAGGUAUUGCUAUCACCAUAUCCGGCGUGCUUGACAUGGUGCUUGCAUUGUUCCCGUGGUCGAUCGUAUGGAAGCUCAAACUUCGCAAGGCGGAGAAGCUGGGAAUCUGUGUGGCGAUGAGUCUUGGAGUGUUGUGGGUUUUGUCCGGGUCGAGGUGAUCUUCCCGGCGCACCCCUUACUGACAACACAAUGCCGUUUUCCAGAGCGGGCCUUACGGUGGUCAUCAGACCAGCAAUCUAUCUCAAUGCUCAAAGAACGAAUGACUUGAGUGGUAGGAGUCGCGAUGUUAGUUUACUAUCAGGAAAUCCGCAUGACUGACCAAGGACGCUACGACAGGUCUCGAAGACAAAAUGACCAUUACAACGAUUGCGGAGGCCGCCAUCACGAUCAUAGCGCAAUCGAUCCCGACAUUCCGCGUG